AUGAACGAGACAGGCUCCACAAGAAUAUUGAGUUUGCCGACGUGUAUCACAGCGCGCAUCGUAUUACCACAGGUUCUGAUAUGGUUCCCAUUGUUCUGCCAAGGAUUGAUGCACCUGCAAGGGCAUGUCCCGGCCAAGGGUUUCAGUGAAUCGCAGCUCACUGAUUUGGCAGGAAACUCGUUCUCUGGAAAUGUGGUGUCGGCUAUUCUGUGCGUGGUCUUUUGCUCCCUACGUCUCCAGUCGGAAAGCGAGGCGGAUGAAGCAGAUGAUAUUGAGGCUUUGGUAUCGGCCAUGACCAGAGUGAUUUCUCAUUGA